CACAAGAAAAAAAAUCUCCCGAAUGAAAGCCAAAACAUGGCACUGAUUCUUGUGUUGCUGUUUUUAAAUUUCAGACUCCAAGCCACCGUGACAAGUAUGAAUACCGGGACCCAGCCUCAGAUUAAGAAAGUAAAACUUGAAGAGCCGUUUACUUUAAUUUGCACGUACAAUUGUUCCAGUGGCUUCACUCGUGGUUUCUGGAUAUGGGAAGAUACACCUGCAUGUAACAACUGUGAAUGGAGUAAAAAAUAUUCAAAAUUGGGAGAAACGUGCAGCCAAAUCUUGUACACACCCUAUUUAAUUAUACAGCAAACCCGCUAUAACUAUUCUUGCUUGUCUGAAGAGAGCGAUCACCCAGGCCUUCCUCAUAAAACAGAGCUUCUAGUAACAUUGCAAGUUCAGGAUGAAUCUGAUAAACCUGUAACACCUCCUAAAGCACAAGGUUUAGGUCCAUCUCUAAGUGUGAAGAUGUACAGAAAUCACAUGGAGUCAGAUGAGGUGUUAACCUCAUUAUCCACCAUAGAAGUGAUGGCAGGAACUUCACUCAGACUUCAUUGUAUUGCCCCUGACAAUAAACAGUGUGAGGGGCAGUGGGUCAGAGAAAACGGUUCAAUCCCCAGGUCACCAAAUUACACUGUGAUUCAGUGGAGUCAAAUUCAAGCAGAGGAUGGUGGGCAUUACAGGUGCCAGGGAAAAGGGAUUUGUAAUAGCCAUCCUAUAACUGUGGAAAUAGAGGUCAUCACAUCUGAUGGAUUCAUCUGGGCCAAGAUCUUUGCAGCUUUUGCAGUGUCUGCAAUAUUUGUCCUGGUGGCCCAUCUAGUAUAUCUGUGCUACAGAAGAGGGUGUAAGCUGAUGGAUACAACUAGUUCAAUGCAUGAAAGCGUUACAUCCAGAAAUGCUGUGGUGAUGGGACCAAUCGCUCAAGACACCCAGAGUGAUCAUGAAGUCCCUUACGCUGACAUUGUGAUCUCUGUGAGAGGAUCCAGCAAUCCAGAUUUAUCUGACACCUUUGACCAGUCUUCAAAACAUCAAAGACCUAGAUGGAAAGAUGAGACGAGAGCAGGGCUACAUCACGCUACAUCUGACAGGCUGCUCAUUCACUCUAAAGAGGUCACCAGGAAAUUAAGCACAACAUCAGAAUACGCUGUGAUUACUUACUCCUGUGAGGCUCUUAGUUAGUUAACGAAUUGUUUAACUCUUAGAAAACAAGGUGGCAAAAUCAUAAUUUCUGUUUUCUUUAAUUAAACAUUGUGUAUAUGUAAAAUGUAUGUGCGUGUGCACCAUGCUUAUAUAGUUGCUAAGUACUGCUGUUUUUAGCAUUUACCUGUAUCAUUAUAACAAAAAUACUUUUAUUACGAUAAAUAUUUAUCAUUAGGCAGCUCCAUAUUUUUACUU